AACUAUUUGCUAGAAUCGGUUUUUAUCCUUGCUAAAGUUGCCAUGAGUGUCGGAGAUACUGUCGUCAGGAUUCUCUUGCACAAAGGAAAAGAUAUAAAAAUAUCUCUCUGACACGUGAAUUUCUGCCUUUUUUAUCCCCUUGCCAGGAACGUUGGAAAAGGAUCCCAGGCUGGUUAGAGGCAUUAGGUUGUCUGUUUGAAUCCCAGUGAUUGAGAAGGAAAUGUGGUUAAUAACCAGCUAACAGUGGAGAAAAAAGGAACUCAAGGAGAUAGGAGAACUGGACAUUAUCCCACGGCUAGCUUAUUUGGAAAGCCUCAGUCUUUCUGGUAGUUGGAAGACCUAGCCGGGGGCUGGUAAGUUUCCUCUCUGGUGCUUCCUCUUGCACCUUGAGAGCUGGAAGGAAGGGAAGCUCCUGGACUUUAAUAGACGCGGACCUUGGUUGAAGUCUCUGUGGGAAAGCCAACAAGAGUCCAGAUCUUCUCAGUAUCACCACUGCCUCUCUACCAAGGUGCUUUCCUUCCAGCAUCACAGAUCAUAACGGAGACUGAUCACUGCCUUCCCACAUUCCCCCAACUAUUCUACACAUGAACAGAUUAAUCUUCCUAAAACACCACUUUGACAAUGGCAUCCCUCUACACUAAACUUUCAGUGUUUUCUCACUCUCAAGAGAGGCAGAAACACUCCAGAUGUCUUCCAGGAGUUACCAAGUUUCUGUCCCAAUGUCCAAAAGAAACACCAAUUGCAUCCCGGAGACAACCUCCAAUGACCUGAAGACGUUUACUGGAGGAGCUGUGUUAAGUUUUCAUAACAUCUGCUAUCGAGUAACAGUGAAGAGUGGCUUUCUACUUCGUCGGAAAACAGUUGAGAAAGAAAUACUAAAGAAUAUCAAUGGGAUCAUGAAACCUGGCCUCAAUGCCAUUCUGGGACCCACAGGUGGAGGCAAAUCUUCGUUGUUAGAUGUCUUAGCUGCAAGGAAGGAUCCACAUGGGUUAUCUGGAGAUGUUUUGAUCAACGGAGCACCUCGACCUGCCAAUUUUAAAUGUAACUCAGGUUACGUGGUACAAGAUGAUGUCGUGAUGGGAACUCUGACAGUGAGAGAAAAUCUACAGUUCUCAGCAGCUCUUCGGCUUCCAACAACUAUGACAAAUCAUGAAAAAAAUGAACGGAUUAACAUGGUCAUUCAAGAGUUAGGUCUGGAUAAAGUGGCAGACUCCAAGGUUGGAACUCAGUUUAUCCGUGGUGUGUCUGGAGGAGAAAGAAAAAGGACUAGUAUUGCAAUGGAGCUCAUUACUGAUCCCUCCAUCUUGUUCCUGGAUGAGCCCACAACUGGCUUAGAUUCCAGCACAGCAAAUGCUGUCCUUUUGCUUCUGAAGAGGAUGUCUAAACAAGGACGGACCAUCAUCUUCUCCAUUCAUCAGCCUCGUUAUUCCAUCUUCAAGUUGUUUGAUAGCCUUACCUUGUUGGCCUCAGGAAGAUUAAUGUUCCACGGGCCUGCUCAGGAGGCCUUGGGUUACUUUGCGUCCACUGGUUACCACUGUGAGCCGUAUAAUAACCCUGCAGACUUCUUCCUGGACGUCAUUAAUGGAGACUCCUGUGCUGUGGUGUUAAACAGAGAAGACACAGACGGUGAAGCCAAGGAGACUGAAGAGGCUUCCAAGACAGAUACUCCACUCAUAGGAAAAUUAACUGAGUUUUAUGCCAACUCCUCCUUCUUCAAGGAAACAAAAGCUGAGUUAGAGCAACUCUCAGGGGGUCAGAGAAAGAAGAAGAUUUCAGUCUACAAGGAGAUCACCUAUGCCACCUCCUUCUGUCAUCAGCUUAGAUGGAUUUCCAGGCGUUCAUUCAAAAACUUACUGGGUAAUCCCCAGGCUUCUAUAGCUCAGAUAAUUGUAACAAUCGUUCUGGGACUGGUUAUAGGUGCCAUUUUCUACGAUCUAAAGAAUGAUCCUGCGGGAAUCCAGAACAGAGCCGGGGUACUCUUCUUCCUGACCACCAACCAGUGUUUCAGCAGUGUGUCGGCCGUGGAGCUCCUGGUGGUCGAGAAGAAGCUCUUUAUACAUGAAUAUAUCAGUGGAUAUUACAGAGUGUCAUCUUACUUCUUUGGAAAACUGUUAUCUGAUUUACUCCCCAUGAGGAUGUUACCAAGUAUUAUAUUUACUAGUAUAACAUACUUCCUGUUAGGAUUGAAACCACAGGUGGAGGCCUUCUUCGUCAUGAUGUUUACCCUGAUGAUGGUGGCUUAUUCAGCCAGUUCAAUGGCACUGGCCAUAGCAGCAGGUCAGAGCGUGGUAUCCAUAGCAACGCUUCUCAUGACCAUCUCUUUUGUGUUUAUGAUGAUAUUUUCAGGGCUGUUGGUAAAUCUCAGAACCAUCGUGCCUUGGCUCUCAUGGCUUCAGUACUUCAGCAUUCCUCGAUAUGGCUUUGCGGCUUUGCAGCAUAAUGAAUUUUUGGGACAAAACUUCUGCCCAGGACUCAAUGUAACAACAAACAGUACCUGUAGCUAUGCAAUAUGUACUGGCGAAGAAUUUCUGGAAAGCCAGGGCAUCGAUCUCUCACCUUGGGGCCUGUGGAGGAAUCACGUGGCCUUGGCAUGCAUGAUCGUGAUCUUCCUUACAAUUGCCUACCUGAAACUGUUACUCCUUAAAAAAUUCUCCUAAGUUCCUCUUUAACUUACAUGAUUUACCCCACAUUAAAAAGGGAGCACCUUGAGUUCAGUAUUCACUGA